UUUUUUUUUUUUUCUUUUCUUUUUUCUUUUUACUCUCUCUCCAUCCAUAAUUACAUCAGAGCAUAUAAACACGCUUCAUCACUCCAAAAGAAAGAAAAAAGAAAGAAAAGAGAAACCAGAUGUCCUCCACGGACUACCGUGUCUCCCAAAUCGUCGUCCUCUGCAAGGACUGUGGCAACGAUGUCGGCCUUUACCCAGGCCGCCACAAAUGUCCACCCGCACCGGCCAUGCCGACCAUGCCCUCCAUCCCACUCAAAUACCAACAGCAAGCCCCAUCCUCAUUCUCGGCCUCAUCAGCCCCAUCUCGUUCCAACGGCCGAAGACCCCCCGACCUGAACCCGGACUCGCUCUACGGCAGUGGUGCUGGGAGCUCGUAUGGUAGUAGUGGGAAUAAUAGCAGGACGCCGACGUCAGCGUCGUUCCAGGAACGGAGCAAUGGAUCCCGUACGCCCACAGCAUCCUCGUUUCAGGAGCGGAUGCGGGAACGAGAUCGGGAGAAGCAGCAGCGUGAGCGAGAGGAACGUGAAGCUGCUGCCAGGGCUGUCCGAGAAGAUACUCGAUUGGAUGCACCGACAACGUCGACAUCGACACCGGCAGCGGGAGCAGGAACGACAAUAUGGAGCAGACUCAGGGCAGCGAAGGAGGUUAUCAAUGCGACGAUCACAGGAGAAGAAAAGUGGCCUGAAUCGGACGAUUCGGAUCACGAGGGCGAGACACAUGUUCGCCGGACCCUUCGCGAAUUCGCCGACAAGAAGGAAGAGAAGGAGCUAGCAGCCAAGGUUGCAGAGCUGGAGAUGACUCCGAUCGAUUCGCCAGGGUCACUCUCAAAGAACACAGGAGCAAGUAGGAACCAGUACCUCCGGGACGCUGUCAACAAAGAACACUCGCCGUCAAUCAUCUCCUCGACGUCUUCGAACGAACGGGAGGAUUAUUAUGGGCGGUCACUCAGAGCCAGGGGCGAGACGGGUGGUGGUGGUGGGGGACAGGAUCCGAGUGAGCGGUCGUGGUCGCCCACAUCCUCUUCGAUCAGCACGGCGACUAGCAAUAACAGCUAUGGAAGUGGAAGCUUGAAUCUGCCUAGCAACUCUGCAAGGGAAGGAGGAGGAAACAGGUACAGGACGACGAGUGACGCGAGUCGGGAUGAUGCGCUGAGUCGGUUGGAGGGCAAAAGUCAGGGCGAUAAACUGGCCACCCAGGUCAGUCAUCUAGGAAGCACUAGUCCGAGAGGGCGCGCGAAUUCUCCGAAUGUCGGGCAUCGACCACAAGACGGUCCUCCGGCACCAUCUCCUUCUUCGUCUUCGUCUUCGUCUUCGUCUUCGGCAUAUCAACAGAAGCAACAGUACGGAAAUAGCGAUAGUAGCCGGUACCAACAGCAGCAGCAGUAUAACAACCAGCUCUCGCCAUCAUCUGCAGGUGGUGGUAUUGGAUACAAUAACAACUACUCGUCUUCGCCCUCACAACGCUCGGUCUCACCGGGAGCUAAUCGACGCUAUGAUUCGCCCUCGUCAGCUCCAGGCCCAGGUCCAUCGUCAUCUUCGUCUGCGUCGUCACGGCAACGGUACGCAGGACAACCACCCGUCUCGCCCUCUUACAAUAAUCACCCCAACAGUGGUGGCAAUAACUAUCACCAGCAACCGCCGCCAUCUUCAUCUUCACGGGGAGAUGCUUAUGGAGGUCGAUCCAGGGGUCCAGAUCCGGGGCAGGGAUAUGGCGGUGGCGGAAGACCGGACUAUGAACGCAGACCGACUUAUCCACCCCAGGGCGGACCUCCCGGAAACAGCGGUGGCGGGAAUAGUCAGGGAGCGUAUGGACAAAGGCAACAGCAGCACCAACAACAUCCUCAUCAGCAGUAUCCUUCACAGCAUCAUGCCUAUGGAACUCAGGGCAAUUACUUUUAAAAAGAGCAGCUCGAUAUUUAGAGCGAGACCUUUGCAUUAGACACCUUACCACCAUUCCACUCG